ACGUCGGCGUCUGUCAGCGACGGUGGCCGCUCAGAGUCGGCGCCGACGGCCCGUUUAAAGGCGCGCCGCCGGCCGGCCAAUCCGUCAGACGCCGGUCAUCUCCGCUGCACGAGCCGACAUGGUGUGCGCCUGACCACAGCACGGGGAGCACCGCGCUACCAACGCCGCCACACGCCGCCCAGACGACCGCAGAGAUGCUGCUGACGUGGCUGACCUGGUCUGCUCUGCUGGCCGCCGCCGCCGCCGCCGCGGACGCCACACCGGAGGAGCUGCUGCUGCUCGAGUCACAAGAUUCGGUGCUGCCGCACCGGCUGAUGCAGCUUCUCACCGAGACCGGGCAGCUGCAGCAGCGCCAGCGCCGCCUCCGGCAGUCGGUCGGCUUCAAACCCUGGUCGGGUAAGCGGUCCGGGCCGGUCGGCGUGGUCGCCGACGAGCCGACCAGCGGAGAGCUCACGGACCGGCUCGACGACUGGCAGGACAAGCGGGCCAACUUCAAGCCCUGGACUGGCAAACGCAGCGGCUUCAAGCCGUGGACCGGCAAGAGAAACGUGUUCAAACCGUGGACGGGGAAGCGAGGAAGUUUCAAACCAUGGACGGGAAAGCGGGAAAGCUUCAAGCCUUGGACAGGCAAGAGGGAGAGUUUUAAGCCCUGGACAGGCAAGCGGGGAAGUUUCAAACCCUGGACGGGCAAGCGAGAUGGGCCCGAAACCUGGACGUAUAAGCCAUCUGAAGUUGACUGCCCUGAAGACGAAUCGGUAGAAAAAGACGUGCCUGAUAAUGAUCUUGUCGAUAUGCUACACGAAGUGGAAGACUAUGCCAAGAGGAUCGCUGCUCGCAGCAGCGUUCCUUCCAAAGGCCAGGUGCGGCACAUAGUUCGACAACGCUUCAAGCCGUGGUCGGGCAAACGUUCCGCGCAAGCUGAGGACGGAACGAUUAAAACCGACGACGAUAUCCAGUUCUGACCGAUGAUGUGGUGCUUCGGGCAAGGGUUCUCAGGACGCUAGCUAGAGUUUGGUACGACAUGGCCAGAUGAGUGAUGUUUUAUCCCAUCAGUCAUACUAGCACCCAAUCAGACAGAAAUGACCAACAUUUGGCCAGUGCCAGCCUAUGCUUGGGAAAAUCAGUCAGGAAUUGGGCAAAAUGACCCUAAGAAUGACAAAAAAAAACACUAUAGAACUGUAGGAAGAAUUCAACAAAAUACCAAAAUCAAAGCUUCAGCAUAAUCGAACAUUGCUGGACAAAGCUGCCCGUUGAGCACAAAAGAUGGUGCGGCGACAACCGCCCUACGCUGUCAUCCGCAGGGACAGUGACAACGGAGGCCCAGAGGCUGGACUGGCCUCCAGUCGUCCACUGCCCAGAGUUUUACAACUUAACAGCGGUGCUGUAGCUACAACAGCGGUGCUGUAGCUAGCUGUACAACAAACAGUCCUGAACCUGGCCAAGUUCACUUGCCACAUUACCGUGCUUAUUGGAACUGUUUAACAGAAGCACCACCCAAAAUGAGAUUGUUAUGUAAUGUGUAAAAGGUGCAGUGCUCCAACUGUGAAGUCUGCUGCACUAUCAUGUAGGCUGAGUACCCUGUCACAUGUGGGACUGUAUUGUAUAAUACUUAUUGAAUGUGAGAUAAAUGACAUAAUAAACUAAAAUGAAAUCAAACUAAA